AUGGCGAAUGGAGAUGCCCAAGCCUCAGCCCUCAGCUCAGCUCGCACCGUUAAUCAACAGCUAGCUAGCAAUGGCGGUGCAGAAAAAGAAGAGCAGGAAAGAGCUGGAGCAGCAAGAAAGGGCGGCGCGUCCUCCUUCACCUGCCGCCGGGCCCGCCGAGGCUGCCGAUCCUGGGCAACCUGCACCAGCUGGGCGCGCUGCCGCACCAGAGCCUGCGCGAGCUGGCGCGCCGCCACGGGCCCAUCAUGCUUUUUGCGCCUGGGCAGCGUGCCCACGCUGGUGGUGUCGUCGGCCGAGGUGGCGCGGGGAGGUGAUGAAGGCGCGCGACGCCGACUGCUGCAGCCGCCCCGACACGCCGGGGCCCGGCGCCUGUCGUACGACCACAAGGACGUCGCCUUCAGUCCCUACGGAGACUACUGGCGCGAGAUGCGCAAGCUCUUCGUCGUCGAGUUCCUCAGCGCGCGCCGCGUUCGCGCCGCCGACUAUGCCAGGGAGGCCGAGGUGGACAAGCUGAUCGGCAGGUUGAGCAGCGCCGGUGGCAAGGCGGUGCAGCUGGAGGACCACAUCUUCGGGCUCAUGGACGGCGUCAUCGGCACGGUGGCGUUCGGGAACAUCUACGGCACGGAGCAGUUCGCGCACAAGAAGCACUUCCACGACGUGCUGGACGAGGCCAUGAGCGCCAAGGCCGGCUUCUCCACCGAGGACUACUACCCGAACGCCGCCGGCCGCCUCGUGGACCGCCUCACCGGCGCCGCCGCGCGACGCGAGAGGGUGUUCAGGGACCUCGACGCCUUCUUUGAUACCAUCAUCGACCAGCACCUGGUGGACCCGUCGUCCCGCGCCACGACGCCCGGCGGCCACGGCCCCGACCUCAUCGACGUCUUCGUCGACCUCAUGGAGGAGCGCCGCCAGCGACAGGCCGGCUCCCACCACUUCACUAGAGACCACAUCAAAGGGCUGCUCUCGAACGUGUUCACCGCUAGCGUGGACACGAGCUCGGUGACCAUGGUGUGGGCGAUGGCGGAGCUGAUCCGGAGGCCGGCGAUGCUGAGGAAGGCGCAGGAGGAGGUCCGGACCGUGGUGGACGGCGGCGGCAGGGAGAGGGUGCACCCCGACGACGUGUCCAAGCUCAGGUACCUGAAGGCGGUGGUGAAGGAGACGCUGCGGCUGCACCGGCGGUGCCGCUGCUGCUGCCGAGGGAGACGCUGCGGCACGCCUGAGGAGUUCGACCCGGACAGGUUCGACGGGGACGACGGCGUCGUGGACUUCAACGGCACGCACUUCGAGCUCGUCCCCUUCGGCGCCGGCCGCCGGAUGUGCCCUGGCAUGGCCAUGGGCGUGGCCACCAUGGAGUUCACGCUCGCAAACCUGCUCUACUGCUUCGACUGGGAGCUCCUGGAGGGGUGCGGGUGGAGGACGUGA